AUGAAACGGUCAACAUAUUGGAUGUUAAGCACGGUCUACAUUUACGCUCAAUUAUUGGGAAUUCUGAAUUUCUGCUACGAUUGUCGUACGGGUAGAGCGCAUAUAAAACCUCACAUAACGGUCUAUUCGGCCGUAAUUAGCAUAACAAUGUUCGGUGUUUUAACGUAUUUCUUUUUGCACAUGGAAAUUAAAAGUCAUCCCCCCGGCAGUGCAGAAUUACAUUAUAAAUUAAAUUUUUUAACCUCGAUUAUACGUGUAGUUGGAGUUAUAUUAACAGUUUUCUAUAAUUGGACUAGACGUCGUGAGUCGGUACAAUUGAUAAAUUCUUAUAGGAAAUUUUGUAAGAAAUUCCUACAAAAAUGGCAAAUGGAAGAAAGAUAUAUGCAAUAUCUGGAACACGGUAUAAGAAUCAAAUUGAAACGUUCCUUUAUAGCUGAUGUGUUAGUGUACGUAAUCAUAAAUCAACAUUUAGGUGUAAUUUUUGAUAUGGAGAAUCGUUAUAUUUUACUAGCCUUGGCUUUGAUACCCACAGUUCUAAAUGUUGUUAUGACUCUAUAUUAUUUUGCCAUUUUAAACAUCAAUAUUUUCAUGACUAUUAUCAAUGAAGAAAUUAAAAGAAUUUUAAAUACCGCAAAUACAAUUUGUAAAUCAGGAGUGAGAAAUCCACUCGACAACUUUUCCCUGCAGCUUGCUCAAUUUCCUUUGGAAUUCGAUCUGAUAGGCCUAUUCAAUAUGAAUCGUCCUAUGGCUUUUGCCAUUCUUAGUUCGACCAUAUCAAAUGCUAUUGUUUUAAUGCAAUACGAUUUAAAGUAUACGAAAAGUAAUUAA